CACGACAGUAUAUAUAAAACAGAGGCUGAUUAUUCAAGAUAAAUUCGCCGGAUAAAACGGUUUGUUGGUGUAUGAUUCAUAAUACUAUACGUUUUCAUGCAUUGCAAGCCAGCUUCUGCACUGUUGAUAGGUCUCAGCAAUCAGUAUCAAAUUUAUCUAGUGCACUAUCAGGAGUCAAGCGUCAUUUCAUAUACAUACUUUCACCUUCUCCUUUAAUAAGCGCCUUCCCAGCAUGGCACAUCCCGUUUUUAAUCGGUUGGAUGGCGGGCAGAGGUACCAUUUGCAGUCGCUUCUUUAGUCAACGAAUAAUCAAACGUACGAGUAUCGAUCAGGCAAUGGUCAGCCCAUCUACAAAGAACUUGCACCGAAGUAAAGUCGAGAGAAAAAGUGCGAUUGUAUUUCACAGAUUUUCAAACUCGGACCGCAGGCAGCACAUUUGUGUAUGUUCGAUACUGUGGAAUUUGUAGAAAGAUACUCAUUAAUUACAUCUUAGCCUAGACUUUGGUGCAGAUCAUUACUAUAUUCACUUUGUCGCAACGUGCGUCAUUGUCGAUAACUUGUUGGCUUCAUUUACGAUUGUAUGGCUCCCCGAGACGCAAUCUCGACACUUUGAGCAUUCGUAAGCUUUUUAAAUCCCUUGCCCUGUGUUGUCAGCUUGAACUUGGCGCACAUACAAUGACCAAAUGGAUUUUGCUUGACAGACACCAAGAGAGUAAAAACUGGCCUCUUUAUACAGAGAUUAAGACAAACUUUUCGAGGCCCUAAACGCCAGGAGGCGCAGAGACGGCAGCCACACAGCAAUCCACUCUUCAAAAAGCCAAAUCGUAACGACCAAGGCUCUAAGCACUGAUCACAAACUCGUUGCAAAAGUCGUUUGACGCUAGCACAGCCACCCGUUCCCAAUAGUCAGCCAU